UCGUCGCUGCAGUCGUCGCCUCCGUUGUUGUUGUGGUUGCUUCUCCGAAGUCCGCAGCUUCGGCCCCCCAUCGCCUCCCGCCGCCAUGAAGUGGAUGUUUAAAGACUACUCGCUGGAACAUAGAUGUGUGGAAUCCGCGAAGAUUAGAGCGAAGUACCCCGACCGGAUUCCGGUGAUUGUGGAAAAGGUCUCAGGCACUCAGAUUGUUGACAUUGACGAAAGGAGGUACUUGGUUCCACCUGACAUCACCGUGGCUCAGUUCUUUUGGAUCAUCAGGAAAAGGAUUCAGCUUCCUUCUGAGAAGGCGAUCUUCCCGUUUGUGGACAAGAUAGUCCCACAGUGCAGCUUAACUAUGGGGCAGCUUUACGAGAAGAAAAAGGAUGAAGAUGGAUUCUUGUAUGUGGCCCACAGCGGAGAGAACACUUUUGGCUUCUGAGGGCCAGUGCUGGGCUAGGUGCACCGUUCCUGCUUGUGUAUCUUGUAAAUAACUGGCUGUUUUCAGUUACUCCACCAGAGCCUCCUCACAUAGACCUACUAGUGCAUUUGUAACUGGAUUUAUUUCUUAAUAUAUUGGAAGGUUUUGUUUCUUUAGAUUAGUAAA